AUGAGAUUUUGUCGAUUGAAUGCCAACUCGUGUCCAGUGGUGUCCAUAACCAUUGUGGACGACCUCAUGGACUACCAGGACAUGGAGGACGAUAUGCCGGACACAGGCCUCGUCUCCGGGCGUACCCUCACGUCCGCCGCAGUCGACCACAAAGUGUCGGUUAUGUCCGACAAAAGUCUUCACCAAAACACCAAUACUUUGCGCACAAACUCUUCGGUCAUCGGUUCCCAACUGAUGGCCAACAAUGACUCAAACACUAGUAAUAAUAACACAUCAAAUGCCAACACAACGGCGCGACUGAAGGGAUCCAACGCCAUGUCUUCGCUGCCGAAGAAUCGCAUCAUAUCUCGUGUUCCCAUUUCUAACGAUGGGAUGGGAGUCUGCAUCCGAUGCGGUAAUGUUGGCGUUAAGGACACCUUCUAUGGCAAAGGGAAGCAGUACUGCAGCGCCACUUGUGUCAGAGGACUGCCUCCGCAGCCGCCGCAGACACCGCUCUUCAAGAUCGUGACACUUCCGGCCACUAAACCUAAGAUUAUCUCCAAAAGCAAUGUCAACGUAAACCCGUCGCAAGUGCUGACGUCGGCGCCCAUCCAUUCGCUCACAUCUCAGCAACAAAUGCCGCCUCAGGUGAAGAAGAAGCCGCCGCCCAUUAAACUACAGACUAGUGUCAGUUCUGGCAAAAAGGCGGCCAAAAAUGUAGUGAAAGUGGGAACGCAUUACAGCUUCGACUGGAUGUCCAUUUUGGCGGACAGUUCGGUGAGAGGGGCGCCAAUCAGUUCGUUCCCACACACGCCUAUGUCCGACACGUGGGACUCGUUGGUCACCAUUGGGCUCAAGUUGGAGGUGAAGAACAGAGACUUUCCCGCCUCUAAACCCAAUCAAGAGUUUCAUUGGAUCGCUGGUGUCGUUAAGAUCGCCGGAUAUAUGGUUCAGUUGAGGUACGAGGGCUUUGGCAAUGACUCGAGUAAAGACUUUUGGAUCAAUAUAUUCACAACACAAGUACAUCCGGUCGGUUGGUGUGCAUCACAGGGUAAAGCGCUUAUUCCUCCGAAGACCAUCGAGGGUAGGAAUUCCGAUUGGAAGGGAUUUCUCGUGAAACGUCUGACGGGUUCGCGAACACUGCCCGAGAACUUUGCCGAACAGGUGAAGGAAAGCCUGAGAACACGGUUCAGAGUCGGCAUGAAGUUAGAAGUGGUCGACAAGAAUCGCAUUUCGGCCGUAAGAGUGGCCACAAUCGACGACAUCGUUGGCGGACGCCUUCACGUCACGUACGAGGGAUCCGAAGAUAUUGAUGAAGGCUUUUGGUGCCAUCAAAAGUCUAAUUUAAUACAUCCCGUCGGUUGGGCUCAAGUGGUCGGUCACGAGCUGAGAGCCACUCCAGAGUACGCCAGGAAUUCGCUUCAGAAGUCACUGAGCAAACAGUUCGAGGAGAAUGACUGCACAUGGAAUCUGUUCCCAAUGCCGCCCGCAAUCAUCACCGAACACAGAUUCAAAGAAGGCAUGAAAUUGGAAGCAAUAGAUCCGCUAAAUCUCUCGACAAUAUGUGUGGCCACAGUCACUAAAGUAUUGCGAAAUAAUUAUCUUAUGAUUGGCAUCGACGGCAUGAUGUCGCCCAACGGUUCCGAUUGGUUCUGCUAUCACGCGACCAGUCCUUGCAUUUUUCCCGUUGGCUUUUGUUCACUCAAUAAACUCCAGUUGACUCCACCCCGAGGCUAUAAAAAUGAGUUCAAUUGGUUUCAAUACCUCAAAGAGACCAAAUCGAGUGCAGCGCCGGUGCCUCUGUUCAAGAAAGAUAUUCCCAAACAUGGUUUCAAAGAGGGAAUGUAUGUCGAGGCCGUCGACCUCAUGGAACCCCGACUCAUAUGUGUGGCCACAAUCACUAAAGUUGUGGGACGUCUACUGAAAGUACACUUCGCCGGUUGGGACGAGAGUUACGACCAGUGGUGUGACUGUGAGUCUCCGGACCUCUUCCCGACGGGUUGGUGUCAACUCGUGAACUAUCCGUUAGAGUCGCCAAAAGACGAGGACUCGACUGGUCUUCAAAACCUUACGCCAAAUGAUUCGAACAAAAGACGAAGAAAUCUAUGUAAAAAUCGUUCUCAAAAACGCAAAAAACGUUUGUCUCCGACUAUAACAGGCAAAGAGUUUAUGGAAGACUCGAUCGCCUCUCCGUUUGCCUCCAAUGAAUGGAUCCAAUGUCAAGACGAUACCAUAUCUUCCUCGUCCUCACUGUCCGUCUCAUCGUUGAGUUCAGUUACGAUCAAACCGUCGCCAAUAGUGAAGACUACAUCCGAAUCGUUUGAUUUGGAUUCCGAGCCCCGACUCUGGACUUAUCAAGAAGUGGCGCACUUUCUCAGACAAAAUGAUUGCUCCGCUUAUUGUGAUUCGUUUAUUGCAAAUAAAAUAGACGGACAAAAGUUCCUGUCGCUGUCCGGAGAGGACGUCAUGGCGUUGACCAACAAAGUCGGGCCGUCGCUGAAGAUUAACGCCUUAAUACAAUCAUUGAUUAAAAAGAAAUAUUAAAAAAUUAAUAGUUUUUAUUAAGCAUUUGACGAAAGUUUCCGAGUUUUGAAUUUUCUAAAUGUUUAAACAAAUCGAUAAACAAAUUAGAAGAAAAUUUUGUUAAAUAAUUUUCCACUUCCUUUACGC